CUCCCGUAAUCCGCUAAGGCUCAUGGGUUAUUCGCAAAGAUGGCUCCUGUCAUCGAUUCCUGUGAAGAUGUUUUCAAUGUAAAAUAGCGCUCCCGGGGAAGUCAUAUUGUCGGGAUUCAUAGCGUUGUGAAUCGGGGACGUCUGUGGAGGGGACACGAGCUUAAGACACGAUGAAGCCGGGGAAAGGGAAAUCCUGUUACACAGAGCGGGAUUUCGUGUACAAGUUCCCUGCGGGGUCCCAGAGUUUUGUCCUCACUGUUCCCCUCCAGUUUCCCGUCCAGGAAAACCUUGAUCACCUACACGGACGCCUGAUGCUCCUCCAUGACCUGCCCUGCUUCAUAGAACAAGACCUGAAGAAAUCUUUGAGCCGGUUCGUUGAGGAGGAAACCAUUAAAGAUUAUGACCGAGAAGCGGAGCAGGCCCUGGAGGCGGCGAGCUCGGGUCAGGUGGAUGUCGGUGCCCUGGCCGCUACCUGGAUGAAAGCGUAUACAGAGACAACACUGGAACAUGCCUGGCCAGAGGAGCCCAACUGGGACGAGGAUUUUGCCGACAUUUAUCACGACCUCAUCCACUCCCCGGCCUCGGAAACACUUCUCAACCUGGAGCACAACUACUACGUCAGCAUCUCGGAGCUCCUGGGAGAAAGAGACGUGGAGCUGAAGAAGUUACGAGAGAGACAAGGCUUAAAGAUGGAUAAAGUAAUGCAAGAACUGGGCAAGUCACUAAGUGACCAAGACGUCAACUCGGUAGCAGCUCAACAUUUUGAGUCUCAACAGAUGCUAGAAAAUAAAUGGAGCACAGAGCUGAAGCAACUAUCUACAAUCCAGAAGCAGGAAUAUCAGGAAUGGGUGAUAAAGUUACACCAAGACCUCAAAAAUCCAAACAACAGUUUUAUUAGUGACGAAAUUAAAGUGCAACCAAAUCGUUUCCAAGAAUCCACCGACUCGAGUCAAGCUCUGUAUGAGGAGCACGGGCAGCUGGAAGAAAGUUUCACCAUACACUUAGGUGCUCAGCUAAAGACCAUGCACAACCUGAGACUGCUAAGGGCGGACAUGCUGGACUUCUGCAGGCACAAGCGCAACCACCGCAGCGGGGUGAAGCUGCACAGACUACAAACCGCUCUCUCCCUGUAUUCAACCUCAUUGUGCGGCCUGGUCCUGUUAGUGGACAACCGCAUUAAUUCAUACAGCGGGAUUAAGAGAGAUUUUGCCACUGUCUGCCAGGAAUGCACCGACUUUCAUUUCCCGCACCUCCAGGAGCAGCUGGAUGUGGUUCAGCAGGUGGUGCUGUAUGCCCGGGCACAGAGGAGCCAAAAGGCGAAGCACCAGCAAGAAGCGACUAAUGGGAGCGAAGGGCGCGGCGACAAGGUGAAAAAUGCAGAACGCAACCAGUCGAAUUUACUACCAGGGGAAUUUUAUGUGACGCGGCACUCAAACCUGUCUGAGACCCAUGUGGUUUUUCACCUCUGCGUGGACGACAACGUAAGAAGCGGCAACAUCACUGCCCGCGAUCCGGCAAUUAUGGGCUUGAGGAACAUCCUGAAGGUGUGCUGUACCCACGAUGUCACUACUAUCAAUAUCCCUCUGCUCCUCGUCCAUGAAAUGUCAGAGGAAAUGACUAUACCAUGGUGCCUGAAGAGAGCCGAGCUGGUGUUUAAGUGUGUGAAAGGUUUUAUGAUGGAAAUGGUUUCCUGGGACGGAGGCGUUUCGAGAACAGUGCAAUUUCUUGUGCCACAGAACAUCUCAGAAGAAAUGUUCUACCAGCUGAGUAACAUGCUUCCUCAGAUCUUCAGAGUCUCCUCCACACUCACCCUGACUUCAAAACGCUGAGGCUGUGGGCAAGACGUCUCAGUGAAAUGCUAAGGACUAUCUUUAAAGCCGCCAUUUUGGAGUAAGAACAAUGCGGUCAUUGGAGUGACCUAUGGAUAUGACAGGUUCCUGGGGCAUAGGAAUAUUGGAAAAUACAGGAAACCCAAAAGGGGUUCUGGACUUGAACAGUUGCCAAUGUGGGCAUAGUAUUAGGGCACUGG